GUCUCGGGCGCGGAGAGGAGGUGACCCCGCGAAAGGGGCUUACUAUUCUUACGCUUUGAGAUGUAAAUGAUUCUCAUGGAGUUGGGUAAACGGGCAGCCCUUUAUCUUUGCUUCUUCCUUUUUCCAUUGCACGCUUCCGUCACAGGAGGAUGGACAGAAGAAAAAGAUAAUAAAUCAUCAUUGAUCAAGAUGUCUUCAGCACCUGAGCCUCCAACAUUCAAAAAGGAACCACCCAAAGAGAAAGACUUUCAAAGCCCAGGGCUCAGAGGGGUGCGCACAACAACCUUAUUUCGUGCCGUGAAUCCAGAGCUCUUCAUUAAACCUAACAAACCUGUAAUGGCUUUCGGAUUGGUAACUCUUUCACUUUGCGUGGCAUAUAUUGGGUAUCUACAUGCAACACAAGAGAAUAAAAAGGACCUCUAUGAAGCUAUUGAUAGUGAGGGGCACAGUUACAUGAGGCGGAAAACAUCCAAAUGGGAUUAGUAGUGCUGGUUACUGCAGAUGGACCUUUAUUAAGGGUUCUGAAAUCUUCAAAUGAAAGACCUUGUGAGUGUACAGUAUCAUGUUUCUUGUUCUAGAACAUGCUAAUGAAGAGAGAAGAUAGCAGUUGCAACCAGACAACUGUCGUAAAUUUUGUCCUUUCACAGCUACAGCCAUUAUCUCAUUCUUUUUCCACAGAGCGAGCAUCAUAAUAUUUUUCUUUCCUUACCUCUUAUAAAACUGCCAUGAGAAUGGAAGUUGUUUUUGUUAAUUAUUAAAUUCUGUAUAAUAAAAGUACCCAUGCUGUUAAAUUUGCAUGAUGUUUUAAAUAUUUUAAGAUGAAUUAUGCCAGUGCAGCUGUCAUGAAAAUUUACUUGUGUUUUGCUGCUUGCCAAGGAAAUGUUCAUGUUCUCCCUGGCAUAGAACCUAUAUUUUUAAAGAAAGAUAAAUAGAAAUUUUAAGGCCUGAAGUCAAUAUUAAAAAUAUGAGAUAUGAGAAACUGAGUUGGCUCUGACAAGUAGUUUUUAUAGUGUCACAAAUAGUUCAUAUAUUUCAGUUUCCAUUUUAGCUAUUUUUGGGGCAGAAUUUUAUUUUAAUGGAUAAGAUCCUUCCACUCAGCUACUAAAAUAAGGAUUAAGAAUAUCCCAGAGUAAUUGGAGUUUUUCUUUAAAAAAAAAAAAAGUAUGUUUUACUGAGGUAUGGUGAUUUUGACUACAACUAAAUGUUAUCUAUUUUAGUGUUUAUGUUAAUUAAUGUUAAUUAAUUUUGUUUAUGUUAAUUAAUGUCACUGUAAUGUUAUAAACAUAAGACCAAGUGUUCUUAUAGUUAUUUAAAAACUGCAACUACUCGAUAGAUAAGGAAUAGAUAAGGUCUCCUUAUUGUACCAGGUUUACCUUACAUACUUUUUUUUUCUUUUGAAGUUUAUAUGCCAGCAGGCCUUUUUGUUUUUUUUCUUUUCAGAAUGUUUCUUAUUCUCUGAAGCAUCAGCAUUUUGAAGUGUCUUUUAUGGAAGUGGGGACAGAAAUGGAGGUAAAAAUGAGUGUAAACAAAGCCCAGCCCCACGGUCAGCACCCACUGGAGGUGAGAAGCAGAAUGGCCUUGUUUGUCCUGGCACCUGGCCCAGGGGCCUAGGACAGAGGUCAAGGCUAGGCCCCUGUGUCUGGCCAGAUUCUGCCUUAUAGAAUUAAAAUCUUUCUCACAAGGGUUCUGGACUCAUUUCAACCUAAUUCUCCAAAUCAUUGUCAUUGGGCCUCAGAGUAAAUCUCACCUCUGAAGUCUUGCUUCAGUCGCUAUUAAUAUUACCAAGUAAUAAUAACAGCACAGGCAGAGUUUAUCGUAAUGUUAUUUUUAGUUUGUCAUACUUUAUUGUGGUUUUGUAAGGUACAUGAAAAUGUAAUUAUGUGUGAUUUGUAGGUAUUAAAGAACUUAGCUAAUUGAAUUUACAUGGAACUAAAUAAAAUCUUUACUACUGAACCCCAAA